ACCCGUGACCGUUUUUUCACGUGCAUUUUUUUCGUCAAUUACAACCUCAAAGACCACGAAGUAGAGGAUUGUACUGGACUCAAGAUCAUGCUCGCUUAUCCUUAAUACUUGCAUCAAUGGCCAUUGUUUAAGACACUUUCUCAACACUUCCACUUCUGCAAAUCUCUCUAUCUCUAUGAACGCUCUUGCAUGCAAAAGCAGCCUUCACUCUCUUCAAACACUUUCUCCACAAUAAACAUCAAAUGUCACUCUUUAACACUUAAGUAGCAAAUUUCCUACUGUUUUCUAAGAUGGGAGUCUUACGUUUGUUUUUACUCUUUUGGGUUUUGUCAACACUGUGUUCCACUAUCAAAUGUGGUGGUUCUGAUUCUGAUGUAUAUGUGAAAUUCUUGAAGGCCCCUCAUGCAUUCUCUCACUUGAACUCAGCAACAUUUGCUUUUGAAAUUCUUAAUUCUAGUCGUGGCAACCCUUGCUCAAAUUGCAGCCUCACUUGCAAGCUGGAUGAUGGGAUCGCUUCAGUUUGUACAAAUAGAAAAGUUACAUACAGAAGCUUGCAGGAUGGAAAUCAUACUUUUGAAGUCUGCACCAGACAUCAAGGGCUUGGCUGUGCCACCUAUGACUGGACUGUUGAUACAAUUCCCCCAACAGCAUAUGUUACAGCCUCCACAUCUUUCACAAGCUCUUUAAAUGUGUCAGUCAACAUAUCUUUCACUGAACCCUGUAUAGGUGGAGGAGGUUUUGGAUGCAAAUCUGUGAAUGCCUGCAAUCUUCUUGUCUAUGGUGCUGGCCAGGUUGUACCAUCUUCCUUUAGCAUUUUGCAGCCAAACCUUGUGUAUUCUCUUCUCGUUAGUUUGUCCUCUACCGUUCAAUAUGGCCGGGCAAUCCUUGUAAUGGAUAGGAAUUUCUGCACUGACAUUGCUGGCAACAGCUUUACAAGAAUGCCAAAUUCAACUGUUUAUAUACAUUUUGACAGAAGAAAGGUUUACGUCAACAUCAGGACUCGUGUACCAGAAAAGCUACUUCAACUUGACCGAGAAACUAGAACAGUACAAGCCACUAACGAAUAUAACAGACUAAAGAUGUAUUUGUACUUCUCAGCUCCAGUUCUAAAUUCAUCUACAGAAAUUUUGAAUUCUCUCAACAUUAGUCAGGGUUCACUUCUUCCAACUGAUAUAAACAGUCUUGGAAAUCGGAGAUUUGGAUUCAUGCUUGUUAAUAUCUCCUCUACUGCUAUAAUCUCAGUUGACUUCAAUUCAGAGUCUAUAAUAACCAGACAAGGGACUCAAGUUUCUCCAAUUUCAUCAGUAACCUUCCUUUAUGAUAAUAAGAGGCCUUCCGUGAUGUUGAGUACAUAUAGCAUGAGGACAAGAGAACAAAAUAUCCAGAUAUUAAUCAAAUUUGUGAAGCCUGUUUUUGGCUUCAACACCUCUUGCAUAUCAAUUUCUGGGGGAUUGCUAAGAAGUUUCCACAAAAUUAAAUGGAGCACAUACGUUGUUGAGUUACAAGCAGAUGAUGAUCUAGUAUUUGUUAGUGUACCUGAGAAUGUAACCCGAGAUGUUGCUGGAAACAAAAAUCUAGCUUCCAAUGUUCUACAAGUGAGGCACUACUCUGUACCUCUUAUCUCUUCUGUGGUUUCUGCAUUUGCAACUGCUUCUUUUGUGCUGACAUCAAUUGCUGCGGGUCUGCUUACCAUCUCAACUGCGAGCCUUCAAUCUGUCUGUACAUUUAUGAGAUCGUCUUCUUUCUUGAUCGUUGAUCCAUCACGGAAUCUUUUUAGAAUUAUGAGUCAUAUUCAGGUCUUUGCACUAUCUAGAUGGUUAGCAGUUACGUUGCCGGUUGAAUUUUAUGAAUUUGCUAGGCAUUUGCAAUGGACCAUACCUUAUUUUCCUGUGCCAUGGGAAGCUGAACACAUGAACUUGUUCAUGGUAGGCUCUAGUCCUUUUGGGAGCUUUAACUUCAUCACCAAAGCCUCAGCAACAAUCCCAAACACACGGUUGAACAAGAAUUUGAGUUUUGCUGCUUCAGUUUAUGGAUCACCACUUACUUCUUUAGAGUACCAGCAAUAUUUUGAGAGCCAAAAUAUGAAACCAGAAGCUGAAUAUAUUUUGGAUUCACAACACUACAGUGGAUGGACAGAAUUUUAUAGAAGCAUGUUUUGGUUAGCUGUAAUCUGUGGUGGUUUACUGGUUCUGCAUGCUUUUCUCCUCAUAAUCCUGAAGUUCGGGAAGAGAAAUUCUGAGAAGCGUAGAAUACAUGGAGCACUCACAUUCCCAAGAUUUGAGAUAUUUCUUAUAUUUCUUGCUCUACCUUGUAUUUGCAAGUCCUCUGCCGUCCUUAUUCAAGGGAGAGUUCCUUCAGGAGUGGCAGUUGGCAUUCUACUGUUGGUUUUUGUGUGCAUUGUGCUUCUAGCUUUGUUCUUGUUCCUCUCAGUUGGAAUUACAUUUGGAAAACUGCUUCAAUACAAGGAAGUUCAUCAAGAAGGUGAGACAUAUCACUGGUAUCAAGAGCUUGUAAGAGUAACUCUGGGGCCAGGUAAAAGAGGCCAAUGGACAUGGAAUGAGAAAACUAGGUCUGUUUAUCUGACCAUCUUUGGCCCACUGUUUGAAGACUUAAGAGGCCCUCCAAAGUACAUGCUUUCACAGAUAUCUGGUGGUGGCAUUGGCAAUCUUCCAAGUCAAAGAGAGCGCAUCAUCGCUUCUGAUGAUGAAACAGAAGAUGCAGAGGCACCUUUUAUCCAAAAGCUGUUUGGUAUUCUUAGAAUAUACUAUGUGCUUCUUGAAUCCAUAAGGCGCGUCUCGCUCGGAAUAUUGGCAGGUGCCUUUGUUCAGACUCAAUCUUCUAAGACUCCAGUGAUCAUUAUGCUGUCUAUGACCUCUUUUCAGCUAUUCUUCAUGGUGCUAAAGAAGCCAUUUAUAAAGAAAAAGGUUCAAUUAGUUGAGAUCAUCUCACUCACCUGUGAAGUUGUCUUAUUUGCUACUUGUUUGGUGCUUUUGAAGAAGGACUUUUCGGUGAGAACUGAGACUAAAUUUGGGAUUUUUAUGCUAGUGCUGUUCCUAGUGGGGUAUUGUGCACAGAUCAUUAAUGAAUGGUAUGCUUUAUAUAUACAAACAAAGAUGCUGGACCAUGAGAAAAACACACUUCUAAAAGGUUUGAAAAUUGCUUCCAUUGGGUUUCUUUUGUACUUCAUCCCUCAAAAGUGCAUCAAAAACUUGGAAAAGAUGCUACCACAAGGGAAUGAAGAAACUCAAGACACGUUUUCGAGUGCUGACAGAUCCAGGAGCUCAGGUACACCUGAUAGACCAUGGUUGAAACAACUGAGGGAACUUGCAAAAUCUAGCUUCGGUAGGGAAAGAGGUGGAGCUGUAAAUGACCCUUCUACUAGUGGCACUACCAGAUGGAGUGACUUCUGGGGAACCAAAAGGAGUGGAGGCUCAUCUUCUGAUUUCAAGUCAAAACCAAGUUCUUUGUACAAUGAUUUGGAAGCCAUUUUUGCAUCCAAGUGAAAUUAUUAAGUCGUAGUUCUGUUUAUUAUAUCUAGAUUAUUUGUAAUGUUUUUUUCAGUGUAUUUGCACAUUAUGGUUGCUCAUGCCUUAUCAUAAAAUGUCAUCACAUUUAACAAAUUGGAUUUGGAUCUUUUCCUUUUAAUAAAAAGAUAUGGUUA